AUGGAGCACCUCCCCGAAUCCAACGGAGCAAAAGGCGAUCCCGAGUCGACCAAAUCCAGCCUCCUCGAAACCGGCGCCUCCCACCUCCAAUCCUUCUCCCCCCCCUCCCGCCUCUGCGCCCACCUCCACGCCUUCCACGUCUACACCUCCGACCCCACCCGACACUCCUCCGCGCACCACUACUGCGCGCACGUCAACGAAGACAUCCGCCAAUGCAUCCUAUACGACUCCCCCGGUCCGAACGCGAAGCUCAUCGGGGUGGAAUACAUGGUGACGCCGAGAAUCUACGAGACGUUGGAUGCGGAGGAGAGGAAGUUGUGGCAUAGUCAUGUUUUUGAGGUCAAGAGUGGGAUGUUGGUUAUGCCGCAGAGUGCUGUGCCGGAGGGGAUGUGGGAGGUUGCGGAGAGGAAGGAGAUGGAAGAGGUGGUGGGGUUGUAUGGGAAGGUUUGGAUGCUUUGGGAUGUUGAACGGGGGGAUCGGGUGCCUUUGGGUAGGCCGGAGUUGAUGGGGAGUUUUACUAGGAAGGAUCAAUUCGACUUUGAGAAGGUUGUGGGUGACAGGGAUGAGAAGUUGGGAGUUGAUCAUAAGAAGAAGGCGGAGAGUCGGAAGUAUAUUGAGGAGCCGAAGGUUCAUGAGGAUGCGGAUGCGGUGUGGAAGAGUAAGAGCAAGGAGUGAGAUGGAGACACUGGGAAACUUGAUGGUUGAUGAGCUGAAGAGGACAUACCGUAUGCGGAGCAUGUCAUCUCUGUCUCGAGCAACUAUUCAAUUGCAGACUUGCCCACGAAGGGAGGCGUGCUCGAAGUCGGGUGC